AUGUCAAUUAUGCGAUAAAAAAUAAAAACAGACUAUUUUGAUUAUCCUGUUGCUAAUAGAUAUUCUUAAUUCAAAAAAUUAUAUAAAUAAGUAAUUCAGAAUAUUCUAUUAUUUAUGUAGUACAAACGAAUGAUUACGCAAAGAACAUAUAUUACUAUUGAUUUAUACAAUAUGUAAAAGGAAAUGAUUUAAAACCUGAAUUUAUUAACUUUUUAGUAAAUGCUUUGCAAGAAUUAUAACCGUUUUCUGAAAUCUACUAAGAAAGAAGAACCCUUUUAACUAGUUAUUAACAACAACAAAUACGAUUAUAACUCAAGAGAUAAUUUGCCCACUAAUCAAGCUCGAAAGAAUAACAAUGACUUUUAGAGUAAGAUCCUACCUUAGAAUAACUCCAAGAAAUUAUAAAUCAACAUCUAUAUCUUGGAAAUUAGUCCAAGGUAUUAUUUUGGUUAAUUAAAGAGUUUGAAAACCAUACUUUCUAUUAGGACUAUCCAUCCAUUGAAAUACAAUUUGGAAAAAGCCAUUGAGAUUUUAACAACUGCUAAAUAGAAGUGGGUGACCUCUAUGAUGAUAAUAGAUAUAUCUUAUCAAAAAACCUAUUUAUGGCAAGUUAAAUAAUUGUUUAAGAAAGUAGUCUUUUUCUCAUAAGAGACAAGAUUAAUUCUAUUAGGUAAAUAAGUAUUAUAUUAUUGUAUCAUUCUUAUGCUCGAAAUUAUAAAUAAGUUCUGGAGUAUAUGA